AUGAUUGGACCAGACUGCCCAUUCCUGAACCCUAACUCUGCAUUGGAUGCCGAUGAAGAAGACACUGAACGUCGCGUUUAUGGCCUUUCUCCUGAAAUCCGCGUCCUCUUUCUCUGGGCCUUCCUGCUGAGGAAACAACCUCUCCCCUUGUCUGCUGUCCAAAUCCCUGUGGUUUCGGGCACGGUUCUCAGAUCUCUUUUUCAGGAGAACAUCUCGCGUCUACCCACGUCCAUCAAGCUGUCCCCCGACAGGCACCGCAUGCCAAAGGAGCAGUGGUGGCUGAGGGUACGGCCCCUCCUGAAGAUGUUGGCCAAGUACCAGACCCACUUCGAUAACUACAUCACAGGCGAGGUCGAGCACGUCAACAGGCGCAGUCUGAGCGUCGAGUCUGGUUUCUGAGCUCAACAGCAAAAAGAAAAGGCGGCCGCUUGGACUGAUCUCCCCGUCACUGCGUUUUAACCUCCGUUAGCAUGAAUUGACCGUGAAGUAGCGUUUCAAAAAAAAAGGCUUGCAUUUAUAUAGCACCUGUUACGUAGAAAAAUAACCAUCCCCACCCACCACUUCCCGGGUGCGUCGCAGGAGCUCAGUCCAGAGAGAGAGAGUUUCCCAACACUUUCUGGACCCCAAAAGGGUCGUGGGUCAGGCUUAAUUCAAGCCUGUGAGAAAUUUUAGUGCUUUCCAUUUGCCUCAAGUACAGCCCCCUCCUUUCCCUCCCACCCCCCCCCAAAAAGCCCUGCCCUGCUCUGGAGCAUUUUGUGGCUG